ACAGGGAAAAAACUAACUUAUAUCAACAUUUAUUUCAUGUAUAAAUAUGGAAUUCACAAACCGACUCAUCUCAACCAUUACUUCUCUCUUUAUAUUUAACUCUCUCCCCUUUCUCUAUCUCUCUCUAGACUCUUAAGCUUUCUCUUCUCUUCGUAGUUAAUUAUCUCUCUCUCUGCUUGGUUUGGAUUCUGGGUAUCUGUUUCUUCUGCGUUUGGAUCAACUGAAGCUUGGGAUCGUCGUUAAGCUUGAAGAAGAAGAUGGUGGAUCGUCUUCAAAGUGUUUGCUGCAUGUGCGGUGACGUGGGUUUUCCAGACAAGCUCUUCCGCUGCAACAAAUGCCGCAACCGCUUUCAACACUCGUAUUGCAGCAAUUACUAUGGUGAAUACGCGGAACCGAUCGAGCUAUGCGACUGGUGCCGAAGUGAAGAGACGAGCACGACGAGGCACGGCGGUGGCAGCUCUUCAAAGAAAUCGGCAGCUUCUGCAAGCCGGUCGGAGUAUUCGGGGGACAAGAUCAAGCAACACGAUCAUCAUCAGCCUUGUGAUCAAGAGAUGGGUGGUAGCGGAGAGAAGGCGGCAGCCGGUAAGAACCAUAGCAGCCCUGUGCCGUCUCCGAGAACCGCUACUCGCAGGUACAAGCUUCUCAAGGAUGUAAUGUGUUGAGUGUCAAAAGAGAGGCUUGUGUUCUACAGAACCAUAUGUUAGUUAUUAUAUAAGCACGUACGUAAGUACUCGCGUACUACGUACUAGCUAGCUAAGCUUGUUUAGUUUCCAUCGAGAGUGGUUUGAUCUUUUGAGUUCUUCUCUUUCGCUAAUGUGCUAUAUAUGUUUUUUCAGUACGCUGUUAAUAAAAUAAGGUAAACUUUGUUGAGAUCAGAAUCAAUGAAUCAUCGUAUAUAUAUGAUUGAUGU